GCUGACUCUGAACCCACCAGAAGGGAUAGUAGCAGGUCCCAUGAAUGAAGAGAACUUCUUCGAAUGGGAAGCUCUGAUUAUGGGUCCUGAAGACACCUGUUUCGAGUAUGGGGUUUUCCCUGCUAUUCUGAGCUUUCCACUUGACUACCCACUGAGUCCUCCGAAGAUGAGGUUCACGUGUGAGAUGUUCCAUCCGAACAUUUACCCGGAUGGGAGAGUUUGCAUCUCUAUUCUUCAUGCUCCUGGAGAUGAUCCCAUGGGAUACGAGAGCAGUGCUGAGCGGUGGAGUCCUGUGCAGAGCGUGGAAAAGAUCCUCUUGUCGGUUGUCAGCAUGCUGGCAGUCUUUCUCGUUUCAGAGCCAAAUGAUGAAAGCGGAGCCAAUGUAGACGCCUCCAAGAUGUGGCGGGAAGACAGAGAACAGUUUAACAAAAUUGCCAAGCAGAUUGUGCAGAAGUCACUCGGACUUUAAGCUCACAAAGAGACUGAAGUGUUUUGUAUUUCUCUCCAUCCAGAAACGAGCAGUGCUCAGUGAUGGUACCAAAAAGGAAAACUUUGCAAAACUAUUGGCCUAGUUCUUCUUAUCAUUCGCUAUUUAUUUACCAUCUCUUUUCUUCUUCCGCUGCUCCAGAGAAGCCUCUAGUUCACUUGAUCGUGUGGAAAAGGGAUUUAAUACUAGGGAAAAUCACGGAGACGACGCUGUUUGAAAGGCUACUUGUUGCUACCUCACGUCGCGGUAUGGAAAGCUCGGAGACUUUGCAGUCUGCAGCCUGCCUUCGCCGAUCUGCUGUUUGAGAACAGAGCUGGUUUGGAUCACCUGCUGGAAGAAUGAGUUUUGGGGUUUUUUUUUAUAGGUAGCAUUGCAUCUGGAGCACCAUAGGCAGGAAAUAAUCUACCAGUUUUUAUGAUACUUGCUACAUUAAGCAUUUGCAGUCAGAACUGAUUUGAAGAGUAUAUUUAGCAAGAGUGGCCGUAAAAUGAGGUUAUAGUCAGGACGCAUUAGCAAAGGAAGUGAUUGUGCAGCGUGUAACUUCAGAGGGAGAUCUCGGGGGUUGUUUCCAGUGGCUGGCUGGGGGUCUGGAAUGGGCUGAUGUUCCCGUGUAACACUGUGAGUUUGUACUGAGCCUUUGAGUCAGUGUUUGCUUGGAAGAAAUCCCAAGAGCUGCUUUAUUACUCCCUAAAGACACUCAGUUGUGAACUUUACAUUCAAUUAGAGCUGCCAGGUGGGAAGACUGGAUUCUUAAAUGCUUCUGUCAGGUUCACCAUGGGCAGGGUAGGUCAUUGGCAGCCUGAAAACCCAGUGAGAAUAUGUCUGCUCCUCUGGGGCUGGAAAACAUCUCGGCAAUAAUGUCAGCUCCUCUUCUGUCGAUGUUUGGAUGUUGAGAGGAUUUGGCGCUGCUGGCCUUUGCCGUUACGGCCCGGGUUGCCCCGUCUUUCAGGUGAAUGGGCAAAGAUGAACGUGAUGAAUUUUGUAAGACUAACUGUAACGCCUCUUUAUGCCGACUGCUCUCGUGUAUUUAAAUAUGAGUCGGAGAAGAUGCUGAUCAUGUUUCCUAGAGGAUGGGACAAUGCACGUUUAGAACUGCAGAGUAUCGUAGCUGAUCGCCGGCAUGGAGGGAGCGGGAGAUGCCAGCUGCAAUGAUCAGUUUGUAAAACUGCUUAGGGGCCACUGCUGACUUCUUGUGCUUUGCAAGCGAAUCUCUUGCGUAGGUCCAAAUCUUCUCCAGUUUACUACAAGCAAUAACAUGCCCAUUGAUAGCAC